AUGGCUGCCACUUCUUCCUUUGGCGACGAUGCUGACCUCAUGGUUGCCGACGACCUGUACUUGAUAGCAGUUUGCCAAGGAAUAAACAACCAAGCAGACGCCAUCGGGCUCAUGGCGAUAUCCGACGAGGAGUACGCCGCGGAACUCCAGCUCCAAGAGGUGAUUGUUUCCUCCGCCAUGGCGGUGAUUGUUAAUUCUGGCAUGGCAGCGACUGCAGCACAAUCAUCGCUCAGGCCGCAGCUUGAUAGCGCCGUCGUCGUGCACACUGCCAACAAUGACACAGCAGCUGCUGAGACGCCCGUGCUUGCCGUAGCUGAGUAUAGCUGCUCCUCCUCCUCCUCCUCCUCGCCUCCGCCACCUCUUGCAGUUGCAGCCCCUGCCACCGGGGAAGACGACGCAACUGCGGUGGCAACUUGCAAGAUAUGCCUGGACUACGUGCCACCGUCGCACGUGCACCACUCAAGUCGCGGCUGCGCACACGCCUUCUGCACAGCCUGCCUCUCCGGCUACAUCAGUGCAAAGACCCAAGGCGGCCGCAUCUCCAACGUCAAGUGUCCGGGGGACGGGGAGGACUGCUGCAACGUCCUUGACCCCGAACUCUUGCAAGGCAUCAUAUCCGGCGAGGCUUUCGAGGCCCUGUGCGCCGCACUGUGCAGGUCUAUGGUGGAGGGGGCCGGCAACUUUUGCUACUGCCCCUUCAAUGACUGCUCCGAGAUCUUGGUGGACGAUCACGGCGGCGAUGUGCCGGAGUCGGACUGUGCCGAGUAUGGGCAAUUAGCACCUGGGGACAAGGGGAAGGAGGACUUAGUGGUGCUGGAGAUGGCCAAGGGGGAGAAGUGGAAGAGGUGCCCCCGUUGCAAGUUCUUGGUCGACAAAAGCGAAGGCUGUGUGCACAUGACUUGCAGCCAAACUAUUUCUCGUCGUAUAUGGCACUACCGCAGAGAUAAAAACUAA